CCCCAGAAGCAGCCUGACGAAGGGACCUCACGUGAUGACUGAGCGAAGCAGAUGUUCCUGUGCUGAAUUUACUCCGUGAGGAAGAGGGAGGGCGGGGAGACGGCCGGCCUCGGCCAAUCGGCAGGGAUUUUUGUGUGGACUCGCCUCCUUUUACAGCAGUGGAGCGACUUGCUAUAUUAGAGAGAUGCCACCCACAGCUGCACCUGACAAUUUACAGCGCCAGCGCCUCUGAGAGAGAAGGAGAGCCACCCUGACCCGAGCAUCACUCUGGCUCUCUGGAAUUUACAGCUUUCACAUUCUUAUCUUUUUAUUUUGAAUUUAUGACCUGCAUACCACCUCCUGCUGGGUCAGCACUUACUUUCUCAUCCUCCUUCUUAUUUGCUGUUGGAGAGUUUCUCUAAUUAAUUCCUUCAAUCAUCGUUUUUACUGAUCUGGAUUUAUUCUCGGCGAACAAACAAAACAGAGCAAAAACAAAGUAAGUGGAGUGACUGUCACUCGGGGCAGUUUUGAGAGUGCGUUCCCAUCGUGAUGCGGAUGGUCAUGACCACACUGAGUCUUGAGCCAACCACCCACUGCUUUCCAUGAAGCGGUUUGGCAGCCUAAGGAGGAGCAAGAAACGAAAAGAGCAGGAUGGGCUAGAAGGGAGGCAUCCGUCCGAGGCUUCGUGUCUGGCCGCUUCUGGGCUUUCCACACCUCCCACCACUCCGACCCAGGCAUUGAACCAGCCUGUGUUCAGCCAGGAGGCCCAGCAGCAAAGCGGCCCCAGCCCAGAACGCCUGGAGCCCAGUACCCGAGCCCACUCCCUGUCCGCUCCCCCGGACACAGGACAGCGCCUCAGCCUUCCCCACACCAAACCCCCGAUCCCAUCAACCAGCCCUGUGCCACCCAUCUCUACCUCACAACAUGUCUACGGCUUAUUCGAAGGUAUGCUGGAGAAACUUGAACUAGAUGAUGAUGCUGCUGAACCCGAGAAUGAUAUUUACAUGCGCUUUAUGAAAUCCCACAAGUGCUACGACAUCGUCCCCACAAGCUCCAAGCUGGUCGUGUUUGACACGGCGCUUCAAGUUAAGAAGGCAUUCUUUGCCUUGGUGGCUAACGGUGUGCGAGCUGCUCCUCUGUGGGACACAGAGAAGCAAAGCUUUGUGGGAAUGCUGACAAUCACAGAUUUCAUCAUCAUACUGCACAGAUACUACAAGUCACCGAUGGUGCAAAUUUAUGAGUUAGAGGAACACAAACUUGAAACAUGGAGAGAGGUUUAUCUUCAAGCAACGUUUAAACCUCUUGUGAACAUAUCACCGGAUGCAAGUCUGUUUGAUGCAGUGUACACCCUCAUCAAAAAUAAAAUUCACCGCCUGCCUGUCAUCGACCCUGUUACAGGGAAUGCACUUUAUAUUCUCACGCACAAGAGGAUCCUAAAGUUCCUCCAGCUGUUUGUGUGUGAAAUGCCAAAGCCAGCGUUCAUGAAGCAGACCCUAGGUGAGCUCGGCAUCGGGACGUACCAUGAAAUCGCUUUCAUCCACCCAGACACGCCUAUCAUUAAAGCCCUCAACAUCUUCGUGGAGAGACGGGUGUCUGCUCUGCCUGUGGUGGAUGACUCGGGCAAAGUUGUGGAUAUUUAUUCCAAGUUCGAUGUGAUUAACUUGGCCGCAGAGAAGACGUACAAUAACUUGGACAUCACAGUGACGCAGGCUCUGAAACAUCGCUCGCAGUACUUCGAAGGAGUUGUGAAGUGCCACAAAAUGGAAACAAUGGAGACCAUUGUGGACAGAAUAGUCAAAGCAGAAGUUCAUCGGCUGGUGGUGGUUGAUGAGCGCUCCAACAUCGAGGGCAUCAUUUCCCUUUCAGACAUCCUCCAGGCACUGGUGCUCAGCCCAGCAGAUGCCUGUAAGGAGGAGAAUCUUACUGAAUGAGUUUGUGGUGCAUCAGCUUUUGUAAUAGAAGUGAGUGAACUUACGGUUUAAGGUUUGAUCGUGCGAAGCCGGUGUGGAAGUCCUGGAGACCAUCACCAUCAGCGGGGGUGUAGCGGCUCUGAAAGGCCUGAUGCAGCUGAGUGAAGUGGAUUUUUUUUUUUUU